AAGUGUCUGAAGGAGGAAGUGUAAGAGCGAGAGUGAGCAAAAGCAGAAGGCUUGGGAGAUGAGGGAGUCCAGUCUGUAGUUGGCUCUUGCUGGCAGGCUUGACCCAGGGGAACCCGUGUGAAGAGAAAAUGCACCUGCUGCUCUUCUUUCUCCUCCUCUUCGGGUUGUCAGGCUCAUUUGACAUCAGGGGUCCAAAAGUGAUGAGAGGUCCAGAGCGGGGCUCGUUGACUGUGCGGUGUUGCUAUGGCCAAGGAUGGAAGACCUACAGGAAGUGGUGGUGUCGAGGAGCUGAUUGGGCUAGCUGCAAGAUCCUUGUUAUAACCACUGGAUCAGAGCAGGAGGUGAAGCAGGACCGUGUGUCCAUCAGGGACGAUCAGAGAAACCUCACAUUCACCGUGACCAUGGAGGAGCUCAGGCGAGACGAUGAAGACACUUACUGGUGUGGGAUUAAGAGAACUGGAACUGACCCGGGAUUCCAAGUUAAAGUGACCAUUGACCCAGCGCCAACUACAGUGUCGACCACCACCACCAUGUCCACAGCACCAGUCACCCCAGAAAAGAUCCAAGUCUCCCCAACUGUGACCAGCCACCACUCCGAGAGCAGGAGCGGGCGUCCCCAGGCUGGAAACCACGAGCCUGCAGGUCAAAAGGUCAAAAGCAGUGUCUCCCUGAAGCUCAGCGUCCUCAUUCCCCUCAUCUUUGCGGUGUUGCUGCUUCUCUCGGUGGCGGCUUCACUCUUGGCUUGGAGAAUGGUGAAGCAACGGGAGAAAGCAGGGAGCAAGAGGGAGCAGGAAGGAGUGGAGGGGAGCCAAAAAGAAACAAGAACCAGCGAGCACCUGAAAGCUGGUCCACGCUGUGCCCUCCCAGCUCUCGUCCUCCACUGGGAGGGCAGCUUGGAGCAAUCCUAUCUCCACAGACAACUCUCACUGAUUGUGUCGUCAUGCGCCAGGCACAGCUGGCACUAGGAAUGCCAGGAAGGCCUGGGUUCAGCCACCCAGCAGCCCGCAGCUCGCUGCCCACCUGAAGGCUAACCAGAAUUCAGUGGGACAAAGGCGAUGAGCCAGUGUCAAUCAGGUGCCCUGGGAGCCGGGGAGGGAGCAGACCGCCGGGCAGCCAGGGAAGGCAGGUUGACUUUGAGCUGAGUCCCUAGUGACGAACCAGGUAGAGCAAUAGUGGGGCUACAGGUGGGGCCUCCAGCAGAAGUGACAGGCUGAGUCUGGAUUGUGCAGCAGGAAACUUAAUCCCAGGGGAGCUGACGGCUGGCAGGGCCACCUGACCAGCUGAUCACACGGUUCUGUGAUGUGGGGAACAGGUGGGCCGAGGUCUCCUUAUUUCUCAGGUGGAGAAAUGGAAGCUCAGAGAGGUGAAGUGACCAAAGUCACAGAGGGUGUCAUCUGAGGAGUCAGAAUUAGAACUGAGUCUCCUCUCUCUGAGCCUGGAGCCUAAUUCACCUCUUUUCUUCCGUGCAGCUCUUUCCCAGACCUGAGGGGCUUUCUAAUUCUGAUUGUUUUUGCCUUUCAGCCCCUGAGAUAUCCCAAGAACAGGUAAGAGAGUCCUCAAGGUCGUAUCAGAGACACUAGACAGCUCUUCCCCUCCUUUCUCAUUUUCCAUCUCCCAGGAGCACCGAAGUCCAGAUGUAUCAGACAAACCACGUGCCAAAGGGUCCAUAUACUCCAGGCAUAGCUGCAGGGCCUGGGAAAGGGCCCUGGGAGGAUGGGGUGGGGCAUGCUGGAAACUGCCAGAAGGGAGGAGGGCUGGGAGGGGUCAGCGAGGGAGACUGGGAGGAAGCUGGGAGAGGGGUGCCCAGGGAAGCAGACAGACUUGGUUCCACGGUGAAAGAGGAACCUGUGCUUCCUCUCCUAGGUGCUCCAGCCCUUAGAGAGUGACGUCUGCUAUGCGAACCUGACCCUGCAGCACACGGGAACCUCCUCUGGCCCCUCUCGGAAGAAGGCCUCCAGAAAACCCUCCUACUUUGCCC